AACAAAGUCUGUUAUUCAAACACUUCUCAAAAAUCUUCCCAAAUACAUUGAUAACUGAAAUAGGUCUAUAAUUGAACAUAUUGUCUUUACUUCCAGAUUUAAAUAUUGGUGUCACUAUGCUUUCUUUAAAUAGGCGAGGAAUUCCUGAGGUUGAUAAUGUGAGUUAUAGGAUUACAAACUAUUUGCUGUAACUCUAUGUUAUCCUCUGGAGUUAGAAACAUAGAGUGAGCAAUGUUGACGACAUGAGGAUCUGAUGUAUCAAGAAUUGAGUUUUGAUCAAUCUGACUUGUUAUUUGCUCACCUAUAUCAACAAAAUAUUUAUUAAAAACACAGGCUAUAUCAGUGGGAGCGUCCAGCUGCUGAUUAUUGUGAUUAAUUGAUUUUACGUCAUUUUUUUUUAUUUUGCCAGC